CAAUCGGUUUCUAACGAGAAUUCUCCUUCAAAAGAGAUUCGUUCUAAGAAAAGGAAGGAACCGCGAGACUCUCCAACUGCCCGGGGAAGGCAAGUUUUGUCUGGCAAAGUUCUGGGUCCAAGCGGCCCGUAACGGACACUCAACGGUCCUCCACCUCACGGCGCCACGAUACUGCGCGUGCGCAAGCUCCUGUCAAACGCGUGGACGGAGGCCGAGAAGAAAAAAGGCGGGAGCCGCCGAUAUCAGGUGGAGCAAAAUGGCUCGGGAGAAUGAGAUGCAGGAGUUCACCCGUAGCUUCUUCCAAGGCCGCCCGGACCUCAGCACGCUUACGCACUCCAUCGUGCGGCGGAGGUUCUUGGCUCACGCUGGCCGCGACCACCUGGAACCCGAGGAGAAGCAGGCGCUGAAGCGGCUAGUGGAGGAGGAGCUGCUGAAGAUGCAGGUGGAUGAAGCGGGUGGCAGGGAAAAGAGGCUCGACGUUGCCAAGAAGGCCAAGAGGUCUCCCAUCCCCUGCCGUGACCCAGCGAGAAAAAGGUUCCGUUUCAAUUCGGAGUCAGAGCCCAGCUCUGCAGCCUCCAGUCCAGACUGCUUCGGCCUCCCAGCAAAGAAUGGGAUGGCAGCAGAAGUCAGUCCAGCUGAGGAUGAGAAUCCAAAGCGAGCCUCAAAGAAAGCAAUUGAGGAGAGCAGUGAUGAGGAAGAACAGCAGAGAGACCUGACUGCAAAGAUGGGAUUAGAGAAGGAGGAGGUGAAGGGGAGCAGUGAGGAGGAGGAAGAGGGCUCUGCCAGAAAGAGUAAGGUCUGGAAAGAAGAAAGCAGUGAGGAAGAGGAAGAUGAGGAAAAGGAAGAGAAGGAGGAGGAGGAAAAGGAGUCCAAGGGCAGGAUUAGGAAGAAGCCUGGGACAAAGAACAGGCAGGCACCAGGCAAGGCCUCAGCCAGUAGGAAACAGGUCAGGGAGGAGAGUGAAGACAGUGAGGAACGUGCCCAGGGGCCAGGAAAGAAGGCAGAGGGAAAGAAAGGAGCUAAAAGCCACCAGGAAAGUGAAAAGGAGAGUGAGGAGGAGACCCUAGCCAAGAAGAAAGAGAACAGAGAGGAAGAAGAGGAGUGGAAACUCACAGCCCAGAGCAGUGGAGGUCAAAGGUCCUCCUCUCGGGAGGAGAGGAGCUGUAAGCAGAAAAGCAGGGCAGCAAGACUGCUGGGAUACCCGGGGGACAGAGAGGAACAGAAGGAAAGAUCAGCAGCAGGCAGUGGGGAUAGCAGUGGGGAAGAUGAAGAGCCCCUAGUGCAGAGGAAGAGCAAAGACAGCACCCAGUGGAAGGGUGGGAAAAGGCAGAGUGAAAGCAGUGAGGAGGAUGGGGAAAACAGCUGGAGAAAGAUGACACCAACUACUGGAAAGACAGCCAACGUGGGCACUAUCAAUGGUGAAGCAAGUGACUCGGAGAAGGAGGUGAGUGACAGCGAGGCAGAGGGGACCCCCAAGAAGGAGAGAAAGAACCGCUCUUCCAAGAAGAGCUCCAAGAAAGGCAGGACACGAAGCUCCUCCUCCUCUUCCACAGAUGGCAGUCCAGAACAUAAAGGCAGGAAGGCUGGCUCUGGUCGCCCUGGUGAGGACCACCCGUCUGUGAUGAGGCUAAAGCGCUACAUUCGGGCCUGUGGGGCUCAUCGAAACUACAAGAAGCUGCUGGGCUCCUGCCGUUCACACAAGGAACGCCUGAGUGUUCUCCGGGCAGAGCUGGAAGCCCUGGGCAUGAAGGGUAACCCUUCCUUAGAGAAGUGUCGGGUCCUGAAGGAGCAGCGGGAAGAGGCAGCUGAGGUAGCCUCCUUGGACAUUACCAACAUCAUCAGUGGUUCAGGCCGGCCACGCAGACGCACAGCCUGGAACCCUGCAGGAGAAGCAGCCCCACCGGGGGAGCUAUACCACAGGACCCUGGACUCAGAGGAAGAGCGGCCCCGCCCCCCACCCCCAGACUGGUCACAUAUGCGUGGCAUCAUCAGCAGUGAUGGCGAGAGCAACUGAGCUCCCCCUGUCCCCAGGAGGGACUUCCCACUUGUAGAAAGCAUAUAUAGCAUACCCACCCCCAACUCUGCCAGCAGAGCAGAAGCAGCUUUCUUCGGAGAAGACUCGCAGCUCCCAGGGACACAAGUUAUUGGGAUUCUGCUUCUCAGCUUCACAUUCCCAGUUUAAAGUGUUUACAGGGAUUUAUUUUUAAAGACUCAAUAAAGGAGUGUUUGAAUCACCUCAUCAAAACUGGUCCCCCACUCUCACCCCCUGUACUUUGGUCCAGGAAGCUGAGGAGUAGGCACUGUCCCCCUCAUCUGGUUCCCUUAUUUUUUUUUUUUUUUUGGUUCCCUUUAAUUUCCCCCAGAUUCUCCAA